AUGUCUGCGACUGUGCCUAGAAACUUCAGGCUCCUUGAGGAGCUUGAGAAAGGAGAGAAGGGUCAGGGUGCAGAGGCUUGCUCUUACGGUCUUGCGGAUGGAGAGGAUAUGAUGAUGAGCAACUGGAAUGGAACAAUCCUCGGUCCUCCUCACGUUGGUUCACCCCACUACUUUGCUUACCGUCGCGUGCCUGCAACCACUAACACUAGACUGGAUCAGAGCGUUCAUGAGAACCGGAUAUACAGCGUUAACAUCCACUGCGGACCCGAAUACCCGGACAAGCCCCCCACGAUUCAAUUCAUCUCGCAAGUCAAUGUUCCCUGUGUCGACCAGCGAAGUGGAAAGGUUGACCCGACAAAGCUCCCUUGCCUUGCUCAGUGGAAGCGCGAAUUUACCAUGGAGACCGUCCUGAUUGACCUUCGCCGAUACAUGGCUCUGCCCCAGCAUAAGAAGCUGUCUCAGCCGCCAGAGGGUUCGACUUUUUAA